AACAGUGGGUGACAAAAGCCAUUGAACAAGGAUUGCAAUCAUGUCUGAAAAGCUCGACUACGUAACGACGCUGACACCUGAGAUCCUGCAAAUAGCUGAGAAAGAAUUAUCAGAGGAUGAACAUUUGCGCACGCAUAGUGUUCUGGCUCUUCGCGAAUGGGUCAAGAAACAGCCGCAUUUGCAAGCGAUGCCUCUAGUAAUGCGUGUUCUGUUUAGAUGCAAGUUUUUUCUGAAAUAUUUACGUGGAUGCAAGUACAGCAUGGAGAAGACGAAAAAGAAAUUGGACUUGACGUUGACUUUGCGCACCGCUCUGCCGGAAUUUUUCGGCGAUUGGGAUCCAAUGUUACCCGAAAAUCAAGCGAUUCUUAGUUUAGGGGGAUCUCUUCCGCUUCCAGGAUAUGAUCAUCUAGGACGUAGGGUACUAUUGGCCCGCCCUGGAGCGCACGAUCCGGCAAAAUUCAAGUUUGAGCACGUGCAAAGAGUAGGUUUCAUGGUGUCGGAAGUGUUGGGUGACGAAGACGAGCAGUUGUUUAUCACUGGAAUGGUGAUACUGAUCGAUUUGUCCGACUUCGGAAUGAAUCAUUUUACAUCGAUGCCAUUGCCUAUGAUAAAAAAGCUAAUGCCUUGUUUUGAAGAUGCAGCUCCAAUCCGCCCGAAGAGCAUGAAUUACAUUCAUACUCCAUCGAUCUUCAAUUUGAUCCACAACCUGAUUAACACCAUGAUGAAAGAAAAAAUGCAGAAGAGGUUGCGUAUACACGGAGACGACAUGGAAUCGCUGUACAAGGAGAUCCCGAAGAGUAUUCUGCCUAAGGAUUACGGUGGUGAUAACAUGUCCGUUGCCGAGCUAACUACCUAUUGGAAGAAGAAAUGCGAGGAUCGGCGGGACUUCCUGAUUGCGCAGUCCAAAGUGAAGUCGGACGAGAGCAGACGUCCCGGCCGUCCCAAAACAGCGGAUGAGCUGUUUGGCAUCGAAGGGUCUUUCCGCAAGCUCAAUGUCGAUUGAAACUUGAAUUAGUUUAAUAGGGUUUAGAAUGGCGAAAGAAACUUGGGGUUUGUGGCAUUG